UUAAUUCAAUCAAUAAUAUUCAUUUAAUUUUUACUUUAUUGUUUAAUUUAUUUUCUUAUGAUAUUAUUCAAAGAUAAAUACCAUGAAUGUUAUGAACUGGAAUGUGGAACAACAAUGUUUAGAUGGUACAUUAUCGUUAACAGAUGUACGAAAAAAAUUAUUUCCUACAAAAAUUACACUUGAUCGUGGACCAUUAAUAAACGAAAACAAGUACUCACCAAAGACAUUAGUAGGUGAUUGGUUUGAACGUAGAGCAGAUUACAUAAUCCAACCUGAUGAUUGGAGAACUACAUAUGAAAUAGAUUUUAAACCUCAUAUUAAUGAAACUUGGAAAAUAAAUCAAAUUGUAAAAUGGGAAAACAAACUUAUACAAGAGGGUUUACCCCAAGAAAAAUUUUUUCAUCACGAAAAGGAAUAUUAUAGUAAUAUGACAACUACUUAUGAUUUAUGUUAUAAUAUUUUACCAAAAAGUCUCGAAGGACCUAAAAUUAGAUCUUAUAAUGCAAGACAGAGAAAAUGGAUUCCAGAACAAGAUUUAAUGAAAAGUUUUGGUACGUUAACUCAAUUCGGAUUAAAAGAUGCAUUAAAAGAAGAAAUAUAUAGGGAUUCAAAGGAAGGAAUAGCCAAAUGUCAAUGGUGGAGCACUUAUAAAGAAGAGAUAGGAGAAAUAAAACCAUUAGAUAUUGAACAAGAUACUAAAUUUCGCAGACGAAAAGUGAAUUUUAAUGUACCAGAUCUUAGACAUUUUAAAUGUAAAUUAGAUAAUGAAUAUUGUUUAUUACCAUUUAAAAUUAAAAAUUCAAUAUCAAAUGUGCAAAGUGCAAAAAAAUAAUAGUACAAGAUAUAUUAUUCAUCAAAAAACUU